AUGGAUCGAGAUCCAAGUCUUGGGACAAAGCCUCCUUCGAGAAGAGAUUAUAGCAACGAUAAAGAAUAUUACGAGGCCUUACUUUUGUUUUCCCAACGAACUGGUCACCAGGAAGGAGUAGCCGUAUCUUACGAUCGCUUAGGCCAGCUGUUUUACUCGCUCUAUGAAUAUGGUAAGGCUGCAGAACAUCACGAGAAAGCACUUAUGAUUAACCAAGAAAUCGGUGACAGACAGGGAAUAGGCCUAUCUUACCUUAACCUCGGAAGAACUUUUUGUGCACUCAGUGAAUAUGGUAAGGCGAAAGAACAUCUUGAAAAAGCACUUGCGAUUGUACAAGAGUUAGGUUACCAGGAGGGAAUAAGUGUAUCUUACAUUAACCUCGGGCGGGUUUCUCUUGAACUCGGUGAACACAGUAAAGCAAAAGAGUAUCACGAGAAAGCACUUGUGAUCAAUCAAGAAAUCGAUGACCAGGGGGGAGUAGCCGCAUGCUACAGUGAGCUCGGACAGGUUUUUUAUGCACUCGGUGAAUACAACAAGGCGAAAGAAUAUAACGAGAAAGCACUAGCGAUCAAUCAAGAAAUCGAUGACCAGUGCGAAGUUAACAAGUCAUUAGGUAGACUAGGACUGGUGUUUUAUAAACUCAGUGACUAUAGCAAGGCUAAAGACUGUCACGAGAAAGCCCUUGCUAUUAGUCAAGGAACUGGUGAUCAGGUGGGAGUAGGUGUAUCUUACGGUAACCUAGGACUGGCUUAUCUUGGAAUGGCCGAAUAUGGCAAAGCUUUGCAAUACCAGGAGAAAUCAGUAGCGAUCAAACAAGAAAUUGGUGAUAGGCAGGGAGAAGGCGUAUCUAGCGGUAACCUUGGAAUAGUUUAUUUUGCCCUGGCUGAACAUGGCAAGGCUAAGGAACACCUCGAGAAGUCACUUGCGAUAGCUCAGGAAUUUGGCAAAAGGGAGGAAUUAGCCGUAUCUUACAGUAACCUAGGACUGGUGUUUUAUGCAGUCGGUGACUAUGGCAAGGCAAGAGAACAUUACGAGAAAGCACUUGCGUUCCAGCAAGAAGUUGGUGAUAAGGACGGAGUAGGAUCAUCUUACCUUAAGCUAGGACAGGUCUAUCUCUCACUUGGUGAAUAUGGCAAGGCUAAAGAAUACAACGAGAAAGCACUUGCGAUCAGUCAAGAAACUGGUGUCCUUAGGAACGUGGGGCUGUGUUACACCAGCCUAGGUCAGGUGUUUCAUUCACUCGGUAAAUAUGGCAAGGCCAAAGAAUAUCACGAGAAAGCACUUACAAUCCAUGAAGAAACUGGCGACAAGGAUGAAGCAGGCAUAUCUUACGCUCAGAUAGGACUGAUAUUUCUAGCGCUUUGUGACUAUGGGAAGGCUAAACAAUAUUACGAGACAGCACUUGCGAUCCAUAACGAAACUGGCAAUCGGAGGGAAGUAUGCGUACUGUACUGUAAUUUAGGACAGGUUUUUCAUUCACUUGGAGAAUAUGGCAAGGCUAAAGAAUAUUUCGAGAAAGCGCUUGCGAUUAGCCACGAAAUUGGUUACAGAAAGGCAGUGGGGGAAACUAAUAAUAACCUAGGAAUGCUGUUUAACGCACUCGGUGAAUAUGGCCAGGCUAAAGACUAUUUCGAGAAAGCACUUGCGAGCCAUAAAGAAAUUGGUAACAGGCCGGAAGAAGGGGCAAUUUACAGUAGUCUUGCACAGGUGUUUUACUCACUCGGUGAAUAUGGUAAGGCUAAAGAUUACCUCGAGAAAGCACUUGCGAUCCAACAAGAAAUCGGUCACCAGUCUGGAGUAGGAUUAUCUUACGGGACACUUUGUCUGGUGUCAACUUCACUUGGCGAACACGACAAGGCUAAAGAAUAUUGCGAGAAAGCACUCGCGAUUCAGCAAAAACUCGGUGACCGACAAGGAGUGGGCGCAAGUUACAAUAGCCUGGGAAGGGUGUUCUGUGCUCUUGGAGAAUAUGACAAGGCUCAAGAAUACUAUAACAAAGCAUUUGCUAUAGGUAAAGAAAUAGGAGACCGGGAAGGAGAGUUAGGUGCGCAAACAAGUCUUUUAGUAGUUGCGGCACAGAAAGGAAAUUCACAGGAGGCUCUUUUGAAUUUGUUGGAAUCACUUACUAAGUGUGAGAAUAUGCGUAAUAAUCUGAUGAAAGACAAUGACGAGUUUAAGGUAUCAAUUCUAGAAAAGUAUAGCUUCCUAUAUAGGAUCUUUGGUGAAUUGGGUUCUAUUACAGGUUGUGUCUUUGAGGGACUCCACGCUUUAGAGCUUGGACGGGCCAGGGGUCUGGCAGACUUAAUGUCACGUCAGUAUAAUGUAGAAAAUCCGUUAUUCAAUCAUCAAUCUCGGGAAGACCUCGAGCGAUUUAUCCGCAAUAAAGUGAGGUCUCUUUGUCUGUACAUUUCAUUUUCUGAGGAACAAAUUUUUCUGUGGAUCCUUAGAGAAAACAAACCUGUAGAGUUUCGAGCAAUAAAGACAAAGGACAUUCUCGUUGAGAAUGAGACGGUACAGAAUUUGGAUACGUUUCUACGCAAGGAAAUUCUUUUCCGGAGACUUUGUAUUCUACCUAAAGGGCAUUGUGAAGAUCGAUUUUUAUCUUCUGUAAAUGAUAGACAACUUGGGCAAGGAUUAUCCAAAGAAAACAGCUCUUCUUGUUUCCGACUUGUAGAAUUGGAGGAUACAGAAGAAGAAGACCAAGAACUGUACCCGAGUCUUUCUCUUUAUUACAAAUUGAUUAUUGCUCCUGUGGCUGACUUACUCGCUGAGGAAAGCGAAAUUGUUAUUGUUCCUGAUCGCUUCUUGUACAGCGUUCCAUUCGCUGCAUUGCUCGAUGAAAGUGGCGUCAGUUUGUCAGACAAAUUCAGGAUCCGCAUGGUUCCUUCCUUGACAACUCUGAAACUCAUUCAGAACAGCCCAGCGGACUAUCACAGUCAGACAGGCACACUGAUAGUUGGUGAUCCGGAAGUUGGUUUUGUGAUUUACAAGGGAUUACUUGACAAAAAGAAAGCGUUGCCUUUUGCAAGAAAGGAAGCAGAGAUGAUUGGACGGCUGAUUGGUGCUCAGCCUUUGAUAGGCGAACAUGCAACUAAAGAUGCGGUCCUCCAAAUGAUAUCUUCAGUGAGUCUCAUACACAUCGCUGCACAUGGUAACGCCGAAAGAGGAGAAAUCGCGCUUACCCCUCGCCGACCAACUGAUGGCCAUCCAAAAGAGGAAGACUACCUACUGACCAUGUCCGACAUUUCAAAGGUUCAGCUCCGAGCUAAACUUGUUGUGCUAAGCUGUUGCCACAGUGCUUGUGGCCAGAUAAAAUCCGAAGGAGUUGUUGGGAUCGCUCGAGCGUUCUUAGGAUCUGGAGCUCGUUCAGUAUUGGUGGCUCUGUGGGCACUACCUGACAAGUCAACAGAGAUAUUCAUGCGCUGUUUUUACAAGCACCUUGCGCUUGGAGACAGUGCCAGUGAAUGUCUUCACCAGGCCAUGAAAUGGAUGAGGAACAAUGGAUAUCCUGAUGCAAGGGACUGGGCACCAUUCGUGCUGAUUGGAGAUGACGUGUCAUUCGAUUUUGCAAAGCUAAAGGUUAGUUUCUCAGAAAUGUAGAGCAAUUAUUGAAAAGAGACUAAGUCAUAACAUUUUAAAGCAGUACUUCCAUUUAGUUUAAUUACCAGCUCCGUGCAUUCUUUUAAUUUAUAAGGUAUUCUCUACCCUUGUAGCUUAAUUCGUUUGCACGUGGCAGUUAGACACGCGAGGGGAGUGCUCUGUCUCCCCUCGUGUGUCUCUCUCUCGCGCGCCCGUUCUUUCGUGCGCCCACUACUUCCAAGCGACUGCUACGCAGGCUAGCGCGGUUUCCGAUUUCUGUUCCAAGUGUAUAAAGGGACCCACUUGCUGCGAGUGGCUUCGCCUCUGCCCAAGAUACCGAAGUAUAACGCCGCACACGAGAAGAAAACCUCUUGUACCCGGGGUAGACUUUUGUUUGAAAAGAAAAGAAGCGAAGGGCAUUUUGUUGUUGGUUACCCUUCUUUAAUAUAAUAAGAAUUGUUAAAAAGGUGAUUUGCAUUUAUCAUCUCUACCAGGUAACGGCUGAAGACGAUGACGAGAUCAAUGAAACUCUUUCAAGAGCCCUGCACAAGAGCUUAUUGGAGUAAAAUCGAUUCAGUUCUCGUUCUUGAAUUGCGUUGGUCAGAGGCCUAAUUUCAGUUCUCCACAAUUAUGGUUGCAAGAAGGUGUAUUAUCUUCGCCUAAUUAUUAUGUAUAUAUUUUGUGUCAUGUACAAAAUCUAAUUCAUAUGUGAUAGCUCAAAAACAGACGCAGCUAAUUACUUUAGUAGUUCUUGCACACAGAGUCCCGUUGCCGAGAUUUGAUUUGAAAUGAUUUGAAAUGAACCGACUUACAGAUGAUGGCUGCAAGAAGCAGUAUUAUCUGACUUCCAUUAGAGUAGACUAUAGUUUGUAGCAUGUUUGUACCUUCUUAGAGUUCCCUGUGUUAAAUGAAAUUGUUAAAAAGCGCCGAGGACCUUUUAGAUGAUGGCUGCAAGAAACAGUAUUAUCUGAGUUUCAUUAGAGUAUAGACUAUAUUUUGUAGCAUGUUUGUACCUACUUAGAGUUCCCUGUGUUAAACGGAAUUGUUAAAAAGCGCCGAGGACAUUUCAGAUGAUGGCGCGUGAGAAAGAGUAUUAUCUGAGUUUCGUUAGAGUAUAGACUAUAUUUUUUUGGCAUUUUUAUAACUCAGUACUUAAAGUUUUAUGUGUGACUUGAAUUUUUAAGCCGUAUUUGUAUAUAGGAAAUGAAAAUCCACUUCUCAAAUAAUUUAUUAAAACAAGCAACAUAUGAUAAAGCAGAAAAAAACUGAAGUUGAUCAAGUUUUAACUAGUUACAGAAGAAUAUAACUUUUCGGGAGAAACGAGGAAUCUAAAUAAUGAAAGUGCAGCAAUUUGUUUUGUUGAACUUGGAAUAAUUAUCAGAUGCAACAACAACAAAAAACAGGAACGUGUACUACAGUGAAAUGUAGAAAUGUGAAAUGUGAUUUACGAUACGACACAAAGAGUUCCCUGCGGAGCAGAGAGAGAGAGAGAGAUAGGCCGAGGAAGUUGCAGACACGGAGUCUUCGUAGUCACUGUACAAACGAGCAAGGAACUAGAGCCGAAAUACACCCCACAAGUGUUUCUGGGAUUGUUGGUGGGGAAGAGCCGUUCCGCUAUUGGCCAAUUUUUUCCCUGUCACUAGUUACAGUUCCAGAAGUCUUAACGAGAGUUAACUCUUCCCAGUUUCCUUCGUAG